GCCCUUCUUCUCUUCCAAAACCCAGCUGACGAAACCCUGCGCCUCUUUGUAAUCCACGACCCUCGUUAAGCCAGCGGUCUGCGGCAUCUCCGUCCUCCCAUAGUGCCUGCGCCAUGGCUCGUUUACGUAACAGAAAGAAGAAGGUUUUCCUGAAGCCAAUUGUGAAGAAGAAGCAGGAGCAGCAGCAGCAACCCAAUGUGGACCCAAUAACAGGGAAUAAAAUCCCAAAGAGUUUUGUGUUUUCGAGAGGGAAGCUGCCUGGUCCGCUUAGGCAACUUCAAAUGGACUUGAGAAAGCUGAUGCUUCCUUACACUGCUCUCAAACUUAAGGAGAAGAAGCGGAACAAUCUGAAAGACUUUUUGAAUGUUGCAGGGCCAAUGGGUGUAACCCAUUUCCUCAUUUUAUCUAAAACCGAAACUUCACCUUUCCUGAGGGUGGCAAAGACCCCUCAAGGCCCUACUCUUACAUUUAAAAUACAUGAGUAUUCCUUGGCGGUUGAUAUUGCACAAUCUCAAUUGCGCCCUAGAUGUCCUCAGGAUCUUUUCAAAAAUUCUCCUUUGAUUGUUCUGUCUGGCUUUGCAACAGGAGAUGAACAUUUAAAGCUCACGACUACCUUGUUCAAGAACAUCUUUCCAGAUAUUGAUAUUAACACUGUUAAACUUUCUUCCUGCCAGAGAAUUGUGUUACUUAAUUACAACAAAGACACAAAGCUUAUUGAUUUUCGACAUUAUUCUAUCAGACUACAGCCUGUUGGUGUCUCCCGGAGAAUCAGAAAAUUUGUGCAGAACCAUCAAGUACCUGAUCUUAGGAAUCUUCAAGAUGUGAGCGACUUUGUCACUAAAUCUGGUUAUGGAUCAGAAAGUGAAGCUGAUGAGGAAGCUGCAACAGUUACUCUGACUAGUGAUCUUAGUAGAGUUAAUCGCGCAUCUACAAAAAGUGCUGUCAAGCUUCAAGAAAUUGGACCUAGAAUGACUCUCCAACUCAUCAAAGUUGAGGGUGGACUAUGUUCUGGUGAAGUUAUGUUCAGUGAAUAUGGAAAUGGUGGCAAUAAGAAAAAGCCAGACGGUCAGGAAGAUAGUGAGAAAGAUAACGAAAUGGAAGGUAGUGAUGACGAUAAUGAAGAGGAGGAUAGUGAUGAAGAUAUUGAAGAAAAUGAGGAAGAUGAUGAAGAAGAUUAGUGCUUCAGCAAAAUGGAAGGGUUACAACUUCCAUUGGUUCAUUAAAUCACAUGAUAUACAUAAUUCGUCAUGCUCGUCACAUGGGAAAGAUGCUGCUUUAAAAGUCAGAGAGAUCCUCCAUCAUUAGGGGAUCUCUUCAGCUUUCAUGCCAGUUAGCUUUUUGUUUUCUUUUUUACUUUCCCGUUUUGUCUUUUCCUCUUAAAUUUUUGCUUACACUUGUUGUAGAAGAUCCUUAUAUUCUGAUAUGAGAAAGAAAAAUACAAUCAGUGUCAAUUUUUUUUUUUUCCUUUGACAAGUGAGAAGAGUUCUUAUGUUAUUGGAAGAAAUAUAUCUGAUGAAAUUCAAAACUUUUCCACCC